AACACCUGCAGCCACCUCGGUAGCUCGCUAGACAACAAAGUCGGAACAUCCAAGAUCUUUAGACAAUUUCAUGGUUUAUUUGCCACUAUGAUUUAAACAUACUUAUGUGGAAACAACUAGCUACCUCAUUAAAUUUUUUAUUUACGUUAUAAGUCAACUAGCUGGCUGGUUAAAUUUGCACUAGUCUAGUCGCUAAUGCUAAUUAGCUAUUAUCCACGACCAUGAGUUCACUAAGCUACUCUCCUGAUAAAGAAGAGGACGUCUGCUGGACGGAGAAAGAAGCUCUCGUCAAAGAGGAGGAGGAAGAGGAGGCUGUUACAAUACAAAAUCAAGUAGAGGGUGAGGCUGUUACCGUGAAAGAAGAAGAGAAAGAUGCGUUCAGAGUGAAAGAGGAGGAGGAUGUUACAGUAAAAGAAGAGGAGGAAGCCGUUUUUGGAGUGGAGGAGGUUACUGUGACAGUGAAAGAAGAUGACCACGUUUUUUUAAUGAAGGAUGAAGAGGGGGAGAUUACUGUCACAUUAGAGGAGGACGAAGAAAAGAAGACUGGAGAUCUGAAUAACACCAGUAAAUACAGAGAGAGACCAGACCCUCCUUCUGACAGCAGGAAGAGUCCUUCAGGGGAACCAGACCCUGAGACGUCUAAACCAGCAGGACAACAUCACUGCUCCCAGUGUGGAAAGAGUUUUACUCAGUUAGGGAGCCUGAAAACACAUAAUAGAAUACACACAGAAGAGAAGCCUUACCACUGCUCCUUGUGCGGAAAGAGUUUUAGGUGGUUAGGGAGCGUCGAAAGGCAUGAGAGGACGCACACAGGAGAAAAGCCUUUCCAAUGUUCCCAUUGUGGAAAGAGUUGUACCCAGUUAGGGAGCCUGAAGGAGCACGAGAGAAUACACACAGGAGAAAAGCCUUACCAAUGUUCCCAUUGUGGAAAGCAUUUUGCCCAGUUAGGAAACCUGAACCAGCAUGAGAGGACACACACAGGAAAAAAUACGUACCACUGCUCCCACUGUGGAAAGAGAUUUACCCGGUUAAGGUACCAGAAAGAGCAUGAAAGAAUACAUACAAAUACACAGGAGGAGAAGACAUACCACUGCUCUCAUUGUGGAAAGACAUUUUCCCAGUCAGAGGACCUGAAAUCACACGAGAGAAUCGAGAGGCUGUGUUCUGACUUGUGUUUUUGACUGAGAAUGUGUGUUUUUGUUUGGGCUGUCGGACUUGAGAUAACUUUGUGUAAUGUUAGUGCACAAUUUUUUAAUUGCGAUUAAUCCAUUGUCUGAAAGCGGUGAAAAUACACUGAAAGCAUCCAAAAUGCAUACUAUAUACCGCUAAAAUCUACAAUGCCAUGUAAAAACAAGAUGACAUGGAGGUUAAAUAAAGUGUGCUUUAUCAAUGUAACAUUUUGUGACCCGUCCACUGUGGGGCUCUGUAGAGUCAUAAUAUCCAUAACAACUACAGGUCAAACAAGGAAAUGGUUCCAAUCCUUUUUCCACCAUUCAUUUUUCCCAUAGGGCUGUGUUUUGUUUAGGCUCACCCUGGUGUGAUGUUUUGAUAACCAUGUAAAUCUCUCUAGGACAAGGUGACUGAGGGCACACCGUGUGUUGUGAAUGUAUUGUAAUGUUUUUAAUAUUGUAUAACUGCCUUUAUUUUUGCUGGACCCCGGGUGGGUAUAAUUUGUGGAACGUUCCAACAGGAAUCCGUUCCAAAAACGUCGUAAAUAACAAGGUUGCCAACAAACAACGCAUACAGAGUCGUAUAACAGUAGAAUGAGAUACCGAGUAGGGAGUGAGAUAUGUAAUUACGUUUUUCACUCACCACAUUUAUUCGGAAAAAAUGUAUCGACGUUCUGGUGGCCUCCACCAUUUCUCAUUCGUUGGUUUAGUUAUUAUUUCCGGUGUUCCUGUAUUUGCCGGUGAACUCUGUUGCGCCUCAAUUGGGGAAUCGCUGUGGUUGAAAUGUAACUGAUGACCGCAAGCCCCAGUAUUUUAUUAGCUAGGUGGCUUGUACACAAUUGUUACCGAUGAUACUGUAUAUACCUAUUCGUACUACAGAAACAUACAUUGUAUUUUGCCAAGUUCUCUCUGUGUUAAUCCUGUUUCCCAAAUAUAGCAGGUAACUUGUGUCGAUGUUGUUGAGUUCAUCUUGCCUAGUUAAAUAAAGAUUAAAUAAAUUAGAACAUUUAAAAUAUAUACUUUGACCUAUUUCAGGUAAUCCCAAGAUGCUUGAUUCACUACACCUGCUUUUGAAUAACCUUCCAGGCGUUUUUGCUUUACAUUCUGACUUUUGAACGUAUGUUUAUUGGACAUAUAUAUUAGUGUCUAAUAAAAAAGAGCAAUUUAUGUAAAGCAUCCCAUCUGUUUUAAGGUUAAAGUGUGUGUGUGUGUGUGUGUAUAUGUGUGUAGUGUAGGUCUUCUUGAUGUCCACUAGGUGUCAGCACAGCUUCAAUAAUGUCACACCAGGUUCACAACAUGCUAAGCCGGACAGGAAAAUGGUCCAAUUCACACACUUAUCAAGAGAACAUCCCUACUGCCUCUGAUCUAGCGAACUCACUAAACACAUGCUUCGUU